UAAACAGUGGUAAAUUGUAUAACUAUCAGGAAAUAUCCUGCACAGUGUAUGCAGAGAGAUUGCAUGUUAGAGAUUGGUUUAGGUUCCCAAACUUUUUGGACAGUAAACAAUUUUAAAAUUUGUAAAAGGAAGUAAGCUGUAGGUCAUAUGACGUCAGUUUUUAUAUUAUAAGUUGGAUUUGUAAAUAAACGAAUGAAGGAAUAAAAAAAAAUAGGAUAGGCUUUACUUUGACAGACAAGGGUACACUUGAGUUGUUUUUAUGGAUGGUUUCUACCAGACAAAUCUAGCAUACCACAAUGGCUUAUGGUGCAAAGUUCUGCUUCGAGAAUAUGGUACUUCCAACUGUGUUAUUACGAGAACGACAUGUCAUGAUGAAGGUCGACUCGUCGUGUGAAAACAAACAACACCCACGCAGAGAUAUUUGAAUAAAAUUUAUGAAUGAAUCACGUAGUAAAAGUUCACAGUUAGCAGGUUAAGCCAUAUUUAUAUUUUGAAUGAAAGGAGUAUCAUAAAAAGAGGAAUAUCACCUGAUAUUAACCAAUCAGGAGGCAACGUUUUUAAAUGCCACUAUUUACAAAUAAAUCUUACAGCCAGGUUGUGUUGAGCGGGAGGAUUGGAUACAAGAUCGGUCCAAAAGUAGGGAAAAGGAAUGUCACUCUCCAGUACCGGAAGGUAAGAAAGGCACUUUCAUGUUUUGAAAAUGGAGAAUGUGUGAUCGACCGGCUUCGUCAAGUAAAUCUCUCAACACCAAAAAUGAUAUAAUGACCAAUAAUCAGCGGUCUAAAUCAAAGACAUAUGGUGAUACAGUAAUACAACAGUUUAGAAGUUUGAGGGACAAAGAUGAGCUGUGUGAUUUCCAGGUAUCAGCUGAUGGCAGAAUAUUUAAGGUUCAUAAAGCUAUGUUGGCUGCCACCAGUGAUUACUUCAGAGUCAUGUUUUCUGGUACAAUGGCUGAAAGUAAGCAAGACAUGAUUGACCUUAAAGGGGUUUCAGCAGAAGGACUUUUCCACAUCAUUGAAUUUAUUUAUAGUGGAGAAAUAGCAUUGACCCUUUUGAAUCUCCAGGAAGUAGUUCAUACAGCUAGUCAUUUGCAAGUCAUGUCUGCAUUAGAUCUUUGUAGUUCAUACAUCAAAUCUUUGCUGACAUUUGAGAAUGCCAAAGAUUUUCUGUCCAUUGCUAACACUUAUUCUUUAUAUGAAGUUCUUAAGCAUUGGCAUAAUCUGAUUCUGUCAAAUUUUUAUGACUUUGCCAAAACCAAACUCUUUGUUGAACUAGAUUCUUCUGAUUUAAUUGAUUACAUAAGUGAUGAUAAGUUGCGGACUAGUUCUGAAAGCAAAUUAUUUAAGAUUUUAGACAUUUGGUUUCGUUCUAAUCCUAGUAGCAUUGCAUCAGGUGUUGCAUUACGGGUAUUAAAUCAUAUCAGAUUUGGCCUGAUGACGGAAUUAGAGCUAAGUACAGUUCAAGAGAGUGAAGUGAUCAAACGAUGUGUGGGAUCUAUUCAGAAUGUCUUAAAAGGAUUCAAAUUCCACACAGAUUGCAGGAAAGGACAUCCUGUUAUUGAUGAGAGCUGUAUAAUCCGACAUUCUCGACCAGCACUGAUCUUAGUUCAUUACGGGUCUUCUCAUCAACCGUUCCAAAUUACUUCAUACGAUCCAAGAACUGAACAAUUUUACAGUUUGUUUUCUGAUUUGAAUGGAAGCAGAGAUUGUCGUAUUAAUGUGAUAGAUAAUUUUACUUACAUUUGUAGCAUAGUAGAUUUUGGUGGUGGAACUUUGAUGAGUUCCACUUUUAGAUUUGAUCCUAGACAUUUAGUUGGUCAGGAUCUGCCUCCAAUGAGAAAACUUAGACUUGACUUUGCACUUGUUGCUGACAAAGAAUGCUUGUAUGUGUUUGGAGGAAGCAAUGAACAGUAUGCUAUCUUAGACUCUGUUGAAUGUUUCAAUGUGAAGACAAAUACAUGGUCAGAUUUACCUCCUCUUCCUUCAGCUGUCCACUCACUUGCUGCAGAAGUUUAUGGUGACAAAAUCUACCUCUCAGGAGGUGUGUCUAGUCAUGAUCGUCAAGCAACAAAUACAUUUAUCUCAUAUAGUCCUGGAUCAAGGAAAUAUGAUUCAAUGCGAGGGAUGUUUUAUGCUCGUAGAGUGCAUGAAAUGGUCGCCUUCAAAGGCAAAAUGUAUGUAUUUGGAGGAAUUCCAAGACGAGGUGUUCCCUUGCACGGACAAAUUCCUAUUGAGUAUUAUGAUUUUGAGACAAAUCAAUGGAAUAUGCUUUCAUCUACUCUCAGCGGAAGGUCCAUUGGACACUACAUUGUGUUUGAGAAUGAAAUUUUAUCAUUAGGACAUGAGCAUCAAAAUGCUAAGGAGAAUGAGAUUUGGGUAUAUAAUCCAGACUGUGAUAGUUGGAAAAAUUAUGCGAAAGCACCUCAGCGAGCAAACCUCACUUCAGCAAUAUGCUGUCAGAUGCAAGUCAAUUUUGAUGACGAAAAAGUUGUUAAAAAGGUUUUUUGAAAGAAUAGAAAAUCAAAAAAGAAA